AUGGGACCGGACAGAGUUGUACUACCUUUGACGUUACGGUUUAAUGUGAGUUUUUAUAAAUUUUAUAGUUUUUAAUGUCUAGGCGAACUUAUGAACGAUUGAACGCUUGAAGAUUAUCCAUUUUUGAGCUAUUACAGGCUUAUAUAUUAACCAUGGAUCUGAUUUUCAACAACAACAUUGUUUCAGAUUGCCCCUCCGGCUGACUUUCAGUUUGGUGUUUGUAACAUGAAGAUCGAGAACUUGUAUGAUUCUGUAAAGCUCAACAAAGAUUGUUUUACGUUUUUGAACUUUAAAAAGCUGUUUUGUGGUGCAGUCGAAAAAGGAGACAUGCUCAAUAUUGUUUUUUACCGAGAAAGUCACGGAUCAUUGAGGGUAAGAUAUUUUAAUUAUUUUUUGUUAGUUUAGGAUGAAGAUACGAUGUUUUAAGUUAAGGUGAAUGCUUUUAUUUAGGUAUUUGACAGGUUUAAAAGGAUUAACCUUAUUUUCCAAUGUUAUCUUAGGUUUGAUUGAAAAAAAAGUGAUUUCUAAUUGAAAUUUUGUCAAAAUAUAAAUCGAUUCGUAUAAUUGUCGUAUUUUACAUAUAUUUUUGUUCUUUUAGAUAAUGUUUGGAACUGAUCAAAAGAGAGCAGAGCCGCUUUAUGUUCAGAUCAAUGAGAAGAUGGAUACUUUUGUUUUUCAAUGCGAGGAGAAGUUUUUGGUAGGUUUUAAGGCGCUAUUUCUUGUGUGAACUAAUUAAAAAUGAGGAUCUAUCAAAUUUUAAAAUGAUUUUUGAAGCUACACUGUUUUAACUUUUAGAAUUCUUCUCUAAUCGAGCUCCUGGACACACACGACCUUCUAAAUGACGCUCCACCAUCCGACUCCUCAUGUGUAGUAUGUCACGAUCGAAAGAGCACAGUUGCGUGUAUUCCAUGCGGUCAUAUAGUAUACUGUACAACAUGCGCCAAACACCAACUGAACUUCUGCCCUGUUUGCAAUAAAGUGGUCAAUGAUCAAGUGGAAGUUGGCUUCAAAGCCAAACGGUGCAUGAAUUGUCUGGAUGUGAAGACGUGCAAAGGCAUCGGCUUGAUCAAUUUACCGUGCGGAUGCGUUACACACUGUGAAACCGCGUCCGACUACACACAAUACUGCUUAUGGUGUGGUGGUAACAUUGAUGAUAGCAUUAAAUUUUAUUUGAGUUGA